AUGUACAAGACCCCAUCUUCUAAGCACCCACCUGCCGCUGCAGCGGCUACCGCGAAGAGAAAGGUCGUGGAUCGAGGGAAGCAAGCCAGGGAGAGAGCUGCCAAACGCACUUUAGGCGGCAACAUCUGUAACGCGUUCGCGAUUGGCAGCGGACAACCGGUUGAGCGGACUCGCGGUGGAGUGAAAGAGCUCAUAUCCGGUAUCAGCUUCUCACCUCCGGCUCCGGAGUCCCGACGACCUUGCCCUCACUGUCCCAUGACCUGCGUGAACGAGCAAGGCCUUGGGAUCCACGUGAGAACGCAGCAUAGCAGUGCAAACAUGUCCAACGGCGCGCAGCUGCGGCGCCUGCUACGGAAGGACCUCGAAAGGAGUGUCUUGUCGUGGGAAGCAGCCGGGCCAGGGCGUUGUUGGCUCGUGAAGGUCGAUGAUGCGACGGGGGCGGCUUCGUUUGUCCUCCAGCGGAAGCGCUUUCUCGAUCUCGACUUGGAUAGCGACGGCUUUAUGGACCGCAAACCCAAGGAAACUCGUGGAGCUCCCAAGAGCAGGCGAUACGACUUCAGGUUCAAAGCUCAUGCUGUAAACCAGAUGGCGAUACGACUGUUUCGCAAUCUCCUGCAAGAGCCGGUGCGGUACAGGGCGCCCGACGAAUCGGACGUGUCGGCGAUUACGACGGUCGUGGAGAGAGAGUCGAGAGUUCCCAAGUGCGGUCAAUUGCAGCCCUGGGAGCGUUGGAAUGUGGAUCACGUGCCUUUGGCAUUCGUAAACGGGCUGAUCGACACGUGGGACAAGAGAGGUGCGUUGCGGGUAGCAAUCUCGCAGCCCUUUCCUGGCCUAGAGCAAAGGCAGUGCACCAUGCAAAUCAUCUUUGGUCCGGCGGUGAAGAAAGCCGCGUACCACGAGGACGUGGACGUGCUUUUCCAGGAGAAUGCGUGGGCCGACCAAAAAUUCUGCAUAGACUGGGCGAAGAGGUCCUACCGCGAAGGCCUGAUGAGCAGGGGGGGUGAGCUCCCCAAGGCGAGGUCCAUUCUUAUCAUGGACUAUUUGAACGCGCAGACGACGGACGAGGUGCAACCAGUUGGUGCAGGAGCCGAGCGAUUUCUCAAGGAGGGUCUGGACAAGCCGUACACCUUCGCAAACGAUGAAGACAAUAGUGAAGACGAACAAGGUUCGGAGAACGGCAGCGAUGAGCCUGAGGGGCGGGGGGAGGAGGACGAUGGAGGACGUGAGACGGUCGUGGAGGGCGCUAACUCCAGCGUUGAAGACGACGGCGAAGGACACUCGCCUCUGUACGGCUACUGUGUACAGGUGGAGCUAGACCAGAGUACGCGCAAGACGAAGUUGCCCUUAGACAAGUACAGCGGAGAUCCGGAUGCGGCUGUAGGCUCCUAG